CGCCUCAAUCAAUUUCUGCCUCAACUCCCGCACUUGCGCAGUCACCUCGUAACUCACUCACAGCUAGCUCCCUGCCUACGUCGAAGCCACAAUGGCACCUUCAGCUGUCGCCAUUCGAUCUACGUCCUCGCUCACGACCAAGCAACUCGUACCACAAAACGAGAACUCAACAAAGGAGAAGACACCCUUGCAAGCUAUCUCGCAGGGAGUCUGCUUGCCUGGCAUCCCUCUAUUUUCGUCGCAGGACAAGGAGCGAGCAUGGAUCCUCAACCAUAUGGCUGGCGCAUUCAGGGUCUUCGCUCGCAAAGGGUUCACAGAAGGAAUGAGCGGUCACAUUUCCGUCCGUGAUCCUGAAAACUCCCAUGCUUUCUGGACGAACCCUCUUGGCAGGCACUUUGCCCUGCUUGAACCGUCGGAUAUGAUCCUCGUCGAUUACGAUGGCAAACCAAUUGGAGGAAAUACAAGCCGGCCUGCGAACGCCGCAGGCUUCUUGAUACACUCGGCCGUGCACAAGGCGAGACCUGAUGUGGCAGCUGCGUGUCACACGCACGGCAAGGCAGGCAAAGCUUGGAGCACCUUUGCCAAGCCCCUCGAGAUGAUCAACCAAGACGUAACCUACUUCUACGGCGAGGCUCAGUCCGUGUACACUGAGUUCGGCGGCGUCGUAUUCAGCGAAGAGGAAGGCCAGCGCCUUGCGGCUGCUCUCGGUCCCAAGGGAAAGGGUAUGAUUCUGCGAAAUCAUGGCCUUUUGACCGUGGGAGGCACAGUCGACGAAGCUGCAUACCUAUACACGCUCAUGGAGCGUUCCUGCGAGAUACAGCUCAUGGUCGAAGCUGCAGCAGCCAAUGGCGUGGUGAAAGUGUAUGUCGACGACGAGGCUGCAGCAUACACUUUUAAGAUGGGCAGCGAUCCGGAGAGCUUGUACUGGGAGUUCCAGCCUGACCUCGAGUACGAGCAGGUGCACAGCAAUGGCGCCUUCGAAAUCUGAUCGCCGUCUUCUACCAUUCUCCAAAUACAAAUUCGCAUCGCGUUCUUGUGUAAACCUCCGUUCCCGCUUUUGAACUGCGCGCAUCUUAGAUGUCGCGGCCCUCUCCCUUGAUUCGCCCCAAACACCUGCCGUUGAAGACAGCCUGACAUUGGAGCCAA